CCAAAGCCCACAAGGGCACGCAUAGACUUGCGCCGAGCGGUGCGCGGUUUAAUGCAUCCUAUCGCGCGGCUGUUAACAGAGUUGCAGCAUAGUACCUCAGGUUGCAUUGACCGAUAAACCAUUUGGGCUAGCGCCUACUGCCUUAACUAGGUACAUUCACAUCGGUUCGCUCUUUGCCGCCAUUUGUUUCUUUGUCCCUUUGUCGCCCAUAACACAAUGCAACAAGCUCGACCGAGCCAAAUGCGACUAGCACGUCAGGGCAAGCUGUGCACCCGCAUCAGUGCAAACACUCGCCCGCGCCAAGCAACACGAGCCAACGCGGCAGCUCCGUUCAUCCCUGCGCAAGUGUCAGAGAUUGUGGAGCCAGCUGCGCAGGCGAUGGCCAAGGCCAUGAAGCGUGUGCCUAUUACCAUCCCCACCAUGCCCGGGCAGCCCGCGCUCGAAACCGCGUUUGUGGGCCCCACCGCGAGCGAGCUGGCGAGCUACCCGCCUGAUGUGCCCGCUGUGGUGCUGCUGCACGGCUUCGACUCCAGCUGCAUGGAGUUCCGCCGGCUGUACCCCAAGCUGGCGGCCAGCGCGCCCACGUACGCGCUUGACCUGGUGGGCUGGGGCUUCACCGACUACUCGCUGUUCAAGUCGGAGCCGGGCCGUGUGAUCCGGCCCGAGGACAAGGCCGCGCACCUGCGCGCCUUCCUGCAGGCGCAGUGCGCAAGGCGGCGGGUGGUGCUGGUGGGCGCCUCGCUGGGCGGCGCCAUGGCCCUGGACUUCGCGGUGACCUACCCCGAGGUGGUGGAGAAGCUGGUGUUGAUCGACGCGCAGGGCUUUAUCGACGGCAUCGGGCCCAUGGCCACUGCGCCGCGGCCGCUGCUGUGGCUGGGCGUCAAGCUCCUGCAGAGCGUGCCGCUGCGCCAGGCAGCAAACAAGAUGGCGUACUUCGACAAGGGCCGCUACGCCACCGAAGACGCCAUGCGCAUUGGCCGCCUGCACACACACCUGCCGGGCUGGGAGGACGCCAACAUCGCGUGGAUGCGCAGCGGCGGAUACGCCAUCAGCAGCAAGAUUGGGCAGGUGAAGCAGGAGGUGCUGGUCAUGUGGGGCCGCAACGAUGAGAUUCUGGAGCCCAGCUACGCCGCGCGCUUCGAGCAGACGCUGCCGAACUGCCGGCUGCGGUGGGUGGAGCAGUGCGGCCACUGCGCGCACCUGGAGCAGCCGGAGCUGGCGGCUGCGGAAAUCCUGGCGUUUGCGGGCGUGGAGGCGGUGCUGCCGGCGGAGCUGGUGGGCACGGAGGUGGCGGCAGCCAGCAGCAACUGAGGCGGCGGCGGGCUCGGUGGACGGGCGGCCAGGGUUUGGAGCCGUGGUCCGGUUGCAGAGGGUGGAUUCUUGGGGAUGGGGCGCCGGGUUUGGGCUUGGACUGUCCAUGGGUUGAUUGUUGUAGGCAGGGCAGGUCUGUCGGGAAGUGGGCGACGUUCUUGCCACUUCCUGGUCGAGUGAGUCGACUCAUUGCUUGCAUACAUUUGUUCCUCCGAUAGCACGAGGGCAUGAGGUGUUGAGUGGAGUCAGUGGCCGCUGUUGAGGGAUAUGAGAGGUGGUCCAACAACGAUUGAUGGAUUUAAUAAACUGCAGUGCGACUUGUGGGUAUGGACGACACGUAAUCUUCAUACCGUGAUCCUCAUGCCGUCAAAGUUUUCGAGGGGGAGGAUGUGUUGUGAUCGUCUGCACGGAGUACAACGAGGGAACGCGGGGAGGGGGCAGAGGGAAGGGUGCCGAGGGUGCUCCUGGAGGUUCGCCAGCGCUCAGGGAGGAAGAGCUUAGGAGUGAGGGGAGAGCCUUGACGUCGGACCGCGCUGUUUUGUAGCUUGUGACCUAUGUGUUUGCUGCGCCACAGAGGGCUGGUAAAGGGCCGUGCGACUGACCUACUGUGCUUGGCAGGAGGUGGUGCCUGGACGCCUGCUGCACGAACUGUUUUCACUGCUGCACGACCUGAAUAGUAUGGCUAGUGCAGAGUACCUUGUAAGGACCAUGAUGA